AUGGAAUGUGAGAGUGGCAUUCCACGGUCUCACCUACCGCAACAUAUAGCGGUCGUUAUGGACGGAAAUCGACGCUACGGAACCUUGCGGUACGGAAAGGCUACAUCCGGACACUGGGAUGGCUCUCGCAAGGUACUGGAAUGUGCAAAGUGGUGUCUUGCCGAACAUAUUCCCGUACUUACGGUCUACGCCUUUUCGACCGAAAACUGGCGCAGAGAUCCACAAGAAGUAGCCACACUCAUGAGUUUGUUCGUCACGUACUGCGAAGAGCUUCGGGUGGAGGCGAUCCAACGCAAUAUUAGGGUUCGUGUCGUGUCUACCGAACACGAUCCAAUCCCACCACCAGUUCGUGCUGGAUUGCUCCGGCUGGAGCAUGACACUCGGCACUGCGCAGCGGAAGGGACGGACGGUUUGCAGAUGAAUAUUUUACUUUCGUACGGGAGUCGUGGAGAAAUAGUCCAAGCCUGUCAAGCUCUGGCAUCCGAGUGUCUCCACGGCAACCUUGCCCUACAGGAUAUCAGCGAGUCCCAUCUCCAACAACGACUCUUGACCAGCCACGUUCCGGAUCCCGAUGUCGUCAUUCGUACUUCGGGAGAAUUCCGAUUGAGCAAUUUUUUGUUGUGGCAGAUCGCUUACGCAGAGCUCUUUUUCUUGGAGAAAAACUGGCCUGAACUACAAAAAGCGGAUUUGGUGGAAAUCAUUCGGUCAUACGCAGCUAAAAGGCAACGUCGCUAUGGAAAAUAA